AUGGCCCGUCCUCCACGAGAUGCCUUCCAAAUCGGCUGGAUCUGUGCCCUUCCGAUCGAGGCUGCUGCUGCCGCCGAAAUGCUAGAUGAGAAAUUCGGGAUUCUCGAUGAACAAGAUGCAGCGGACUCGAAUACCUACACGCUGGGCCGGAUCGGCAAACACCACGUCGUGAUCGCCUGCCUCCCUGGAGGCCAGUACGGAAAUACCUCAGCUACUACGGUCGCAAACAACAUGCUUCGCACCUUCUCCAAGUCACUUCGAAUCGGAUUGAUGGUCGGUAUCGGGGGCGGAGUUCCCUCUGCUACUCAUGAUAUCCGCCUCGGCGAUAUCGUGGUUAGUUACCCCCAAGGCACUUGUGGUGGAGUGAUUCAAUAUGACAUAGGGAAGGUCAUUACAGGCGGUGAAUUUGAACGGAUUGGCUCGUUGAACAGUCCCCCGAGGGCACUAUUGACCGCAGUUGGUACGAUGAGAGCUGCCGCGCUGACCGAUGAUCCCCGAUACCUGGAAUAUUUCCAAAACGCAAUCGGGAGAACCGCUCGAACCCGGAAAAAUUUCAGUCGUCCUACCGCACAAUCUGAUCGACUAUUUCAGACGGAAUAUGAUCAUCCUGCCAAUGCGAGUAGCUGUGAUGGAUGUCCAUUGGAGUGGGAAGAAACGAGAGAUCAACGCGAGGAUAGUGACCCAUUACCACACUAUGGUAUUAUUGCUUCUGGCAAUACUGUCAUCAAGCACGGGCAGACAAGAGAGCAACUUCGGUUAGAGACGGGGGCAUUAUGUAUCGAAAUGGAGGCAGCUGGUCUGAUGUUAGACUUUCCCUGUGCUGUCAUUCGUGGGGUUUGUGAUUAUGCCGACUCGCACAAGAAUAAGCAAUGGCAGGGAUAUGCUGCCUUGGCAGCAGCAGCAUAUACAAAAGAGCUGUUGGGGUAUGUUCCUGUUGGCCAUGUGUCACAAGAGAGUUUGGUAGUGGAUAUAUGCGACGUAUUGAAGACCGGAAUCAAAAGCACAAAUCAACGUCUAGAACAAGCAUAUAGCCAACAAGAACAACAUCACCGUGAGAAGGUUACCUUUGCUUUAACUGAUCAACAAAACCGCUGUCACCAAACAUUCAAGACGUCAACCUACGAGGAGCAAAAGAACAACAAUCCUAGAAGAGUGGAGGGAACUUGCCUAUGGGCUACACAAAGCCCAGAGUAUAUUCGUUUUUCGGAAAGCAGCCACAAUGAUCUUCUCUUAGUGUCUGCCGACCCAGGCUGCGGGAAGUCUGUGCUUGCCCGUUCGAUAAUUGAAGACCACUUCGCAACGUCAGGGCCUGAAGUGACAGUGUGUUACUUCUUUUUCAAGGACAACGAUGAACAAAAUCAUCUUGCGUUAGCACUUUGCUCGGUCCUCCAUCAGCUUUUUGCCCAGCGGCCUCAUCUCUUGCGUCAUGCCAUACCAUCAUGGGAAAUGAAUGGGGAGAGACUUCGACAAGAGGUUGACGAGCUAUGGAGGAUUUUCACAACUGCAGUAUUAUCUGAUGAAUCAUGCAAGACAAUCUGCGUAUUUGAUGCUCUGGAUGAGUGUCGUGAAGUUGAUCAGAAACGACUAGUUGAGAAACUCCAGUCAUUUCACCGCCUGUCAUAUCCACCGACGCCGGAGAACUGGUUGAAAUUUCUAGUCACUAGUCGCCCGUAUGAUAAUAUCCAGAAUUAUUUCCGAACGGUUACAGACUCUUUCCCACAUAUCCAUCUAAAAGGAGAGGAAGAAAAUGAUCAGAUUCAUCAAGAAAUUGAUCUUGUCGUCAAGAUGCGAGUAAAAAACCUCGCUCAACGAGCGGGGCUAUCACGGGACACAGAGCAGCGACUCAAGCAGCAGCUUCUGCAAAUGGAACACCGUACGUAUCUCUGGCUACAUUUAGCCAUUGACGAUAUUCGAUCCACAUUCGAAGACAGCCUUCGCCCGGCUGAGGAGUCAAUCGAGGUGAUACCUCACUCAGUAGAUGCAGCAUACGAGAAGAUCCUUAGUCGCGUACCCUCCCGUCAAGUAGAUACUGUGAGAAAGAUCCUACAAAUUAUCGUUGCAGCACGGCGCCCGUUAACAACGGCGGAAAUGGCUAUGGCGCUCGGUAUAGCCAUCUCUCCAGAAUCCCGGACUGCAACAAAAGCUAGACUUGAGUCAUCCCAGAUCGACAAAAAGCUGCGUCGAUUAUGCGGGCUUUUUGUUUUUAUCAAUAAUUCCAAGAUCUAUUUAAUUCAUCAAACAGCAAGGGAAUUUCUGCUUAAGAAGAGUUAUGCUGAUAGCGUUCAGUACUUAUACUCAUGGACUCUCACGGACACUGAGAACCAAAUGGCGUGUAUCUGUUUACGGUAUCUCCUGAUGGAAGAUCUGGAGCACAAUGAUGAGAAUUCAAGCUCUGAUAUUCGAAGCCUUCUAGAUUAUUCAGCAUUAUAUUGGCUGGACCACACACGGAGGAUGAGUCUAACCCAAGACCAAGAAGUGAUCUGUCAAGUUCAGAAAAUGUACGAUAUAAGUGGGAAACGAUUUGCAUUAUGGUUCCCCAUCUUUUGGAAGUCUAUCGAAGACUGGACACCUCCGCCAUCAAUGACUGCUCUACAUCUGGCAUCAUUUAACGGGCAUGAGCGGGAGGUUGAAUUUCUACUAUUAAUAAGAAGAAAAGAUAUCAAUUCCGUCGAUAGCACCGGAACCUACCCCAUUAUCUUAGUCUUACACAAUGGUUAUAAGAAUGUUAUACAGUUGCUGCUCGAGAAAGGAGCCGAGGUGAACGCCCAAGGUAGAGAGUAUGGAAAUGCCCUCCAAGCUGUCUCUUUUGAAGGACAUGAGAAGAUUGUGCAGUUGCUACUCGAGAAAGGAGCCGAGGUGAACACCUAA